AGAUCUGUCAUGAGCAAAUAAUGUCAAUAAUGACAAGCUGCCAUGACAGAUGGGGACCUGGCGACGAAGAAGAGGUGGAUGACAUGGAAGUGGUGGACGUGUAAAAGGAAGGAUUAGAUUCACAAGGCGGAUGUCUGAGGGAAAUUAAAGGGAAUAAGGAUGGGUACCUUUGUGACCCUGGCAGAGGUGCUAGAAGCCAGAGGUUCACCGCUAGAUGAGGAUGAGGUCUGGUGUCUACUGCUUGUCACCACAGAGGCCUUACUGGAUAUUUCCCAAAAAGGCUCUGGCAACAUGUGCAGCGUCCUCAGCCCAGGCACGGUGCUACUGUCCGCUAAUGGGCGUAUGGCCUUCAAGAGCUGUGGGCGAAAUGAUGAUGUGGCCUCCUUCGUGGCUCCCGAAGUCAUUCAGGGUCACACUGCCUCCACAAGAACCACAGCUGAAAAGACACUUGUAUACUCACUGGGUAUGACUUUUUACUGGUGCGUGGAUUAUCAACUACCUCAAAACCAGCCUGUUCAGCUUAGUGCAGAGCUGGAGGGUUUACUACUGAGCAUGUGCGAAGACACGGUAACGAGGCGGACGGACCUGAUGACGGUGCUUGAGACCUGCGAGCUUCACCACAAGAACUUUAUGCUUUAUCCGGCCGAGCGGCUUGUCAAGCAGCUGGUAGAAGACAUCUACCGUAACUCGGUAGAGCCUCUGUCAGUGACAGAAAACGGAUCCCUGAUGAGUGAUCGCAGUCAGAUCAUCAGAGACAAGUUACACAGUCGGUCUUUUUGUAACCCUACAUGGAUGACAAAGAAGAAGAUCUCCAGAACAUUCUCAGGAGCAUCCUAUACACCCGAGUCCACAGGGAUCCCCUCGGGAUGUCGACGCACUGAGAGUAAUGGGAGCUGGCAACAGUUCAAUCGCACUGUCUGUAGCCCAUACCUAGAUGGCGGUCGGCGUGCUAACUCGAGAUUUCUCAUGCAGUUUGAGUCGACAAUGAGUCUGAAUGAGAAGAAAAUGAAGGACAUGGGUCCAGAGUUUAUUAGAAUGUCGGAUGAGCCCGUUGUUGUCUUAGAGCUGCCUGGAUCCAUUUUGUCAAAAAAAGGGAAAUCGCCAACUACGCAGAGAGAACUGACUGUGGUGAUGCCAAGCGGUCAGAACAUAGCCAUCAAAUGUGAAGUGAAAACCAGAGGCGGAGACGUGUUUGACAUGAUUGUCGCUCAUGCCAACCUGGUGGAACACUUUUACUUCGCCCUUGCUUACAUUGAUGAUAAUGAAUUUUUCUUUGUGGACAACGAUACCAAGAUUUCCAAAGUUGCUCCGGAAAGCUGGAAGAAAGUGCCUUCAACCACCUUUGUCCUUUUCUUCAGGGUCAAAUUCUAUGUCAAUGACAUCUCUACACUUUUGCACAAACAGACCCGCCACCAGUACUACCUCCAACUUAGAAAAGACCUCUUAGACGAUAGAUUGUCCUGCCAUGAGGAGACUGCUCUGUACCUCGGAGCUCUGGCCUUGCAGACAGAGUAUGGGGACUGCAUGCCUGAGGUGUAUGGUAGAAACUACUGUCGCCCUGAUCAAUAUGUCCCCAAAAGUGUAAUAGAGAAACGUGCCUUGCCUUACAUUCUUGGAGAAUUGCAACGGCUCCAUACAAAUAAUGCCCAGAUGCUCACAGAGGAGUCAGAACUUGAGUUCCUCAAAGUGUGUCUACAGUUGCCUGAAUACGGUGUUUUGUUCCACCGUGUGACACGUGAAAAAAAGCCUGUAGAAGGAGAAAUUGUCCUCGGAGUUUGUGCCAAAGGCGUUAUUGUCUAUGUCGUGAAAGUUGGCUGCCGAACCACCAGCCAGACGUUUCAUUGGCGGGAAACCGAAACUAUUUCCUCCAAUAGGCAUCGAUUUAUAAUAGAGUGUCGGGCCAGCAAGAAGAAACACACCUUCAUCACAGAGACGUCAAAAAUAGCCAAAUACCUGUGUAACCUCUGCUCAUCACAGCACAAGUUCAACAAUGAAAUGAAUUCACGUCAGCUCAACCACAGCCUGGUCUCAGAUGUAAACAUUCCUCAAUACGCAUCACCUUGCCGGACUCAAAACAGCCGGUUCAAGUCCAUCGUGGGUUCGGAGACACUGCAAGAUGACAGCGGUCUGAACACUCCUCAAAACGAAUCCUUGACCAGGCUUUGUGAGGAUGUUGCUGCUAGGAUAGAGGCCCGCUUUAAAAAGCAGCGUCAGAGCCUUUAUGAACAAAGCACAUGCUCCAGUAGUCAGUGCGGUAGCACUGGCAUGCGUUCUCCAGCCCGUUCUCAGAGAAGUGGCUCUGAAGCUCCUUUUGGCUCACCAGCAGCCAGAGAAACUCCAACUAAACAAGGCCCAUCGUCGGAGAGAGAGGUCCUGUGUGUUUCUCUCAAGAAAGACCCAAAGCUCGGCCUUGGCAUCAUGAUUGUGGGAGAAGAGACGGUGGGACGUUAUGAGCUGGGCAUUUUUAUUGCAUCUGUAGUGCCUGGGGGACCCGCUGAUAAGGAUGGACGUAUACGAGCAGGUGGUCGCCUGAUCUCUCUGAACCAUAUCAGCUUGGAGGGCGCCACCUUUAGCGAGGCAGCGGAGGUCAUGCAGAGCAGCCCGGAGGAGGUGCAGCUCAUUAUCUCACAGCCAAAAGCCCCUCAAACUCCAAACACUCAACGGCCUUCGACAUUGAGAAAUUAUGAGUCGCAAAGUACUCUGAUGGCAUAUGGACAGCCAGGAGACAGCUUGGAUGAGAUUGUCUCGCUCAUGAUGGAGCCAAAGACUGGCAACAGACUUUACCCUCCCCAGGAAGUCCGUAUUCUAAACGCGCAGGACGGCUAUUCGCUUUCUUCCUCACUGAAUUGUGUGAAGUCAGAGGAGAAGAUAGUGAAGCUCAAGAAGGUUGCCGGAAGCCUGGGCAUCAGCAUCACUGAUGAUGUCAAUACUAAUGCUCCCAAUGGUGGAAUCUACAUCAAGAGCCUUGUUCCUGGGGGGUCUGCUGACAGAGAUAGGCGUAUACAUGCAGGUGAUAGAAUAUUAGAGGUUGAUGGGAUCAACUUUCAAGGUGUCACCUAUGAACAGGCCGUGGAAUGUCUGUGCAAAACUGGGGAGAUGGUGACUUUGGUUGUGGAGCAUGUGCUCAGGAGUUCCCCCAGGGUUUCUCUGAGCGCUUACAAUGUCACCAGUGAAGCCACUCUUAACAUGGAUGCAGCUACCAGGCAGCUCAGUUUGAACAACGCCUCAUCUAUUAGCACCCCUUCCCACAUAUUCCGUCACGGACCCAGGGACUACAACUUUGUGACUGACAAAAAUUCACAGGAAGUGACCCUGACUAAGAGUGCCGACGGUCUGGGCUUCAGCUUCAUUAUGUGUGAACUGGACCCGCCCAUUCCAGACGUUGGCAAUCUGAUCCGGAUAAAGCAACUUUUUCCUGGCCAACCGGCCCAAUUGAACGGCAAGAUCAAUGAGGGCGAUGUACUUUUGGCCAUCAACGGCCAGUCGCUCAAGGAGCUGUCUUACCCAAACGUACUUAAGUUGUUCAAGACGUCAGGCCCUGAGGUCCAAUUGACGCUCUGUAGACCUUUACCGGGGAUCCUUCCUUCUAUCCAUCAGCUUACCGGGGGAACAUGAGUCGGUCAUGUGCCGCACGGCGGCAAAUGAGAACAUUUACAGGCAGGUCUCUGCCAUCGUGAACUGAGUUACGAAGAACCGAUAUGCUCAACCAGCAUACUAAAGAAACAGAUGAACUGACUGCAGAUGAUACACGGGUGUCAGCAAUUUGUUUGUCGUGGGGAAGGAACAAAGUCUAAAGGUAACUGGAAUAUGCAUCAAAAGACGACAGCAAUUCUGAUUUUUUAAAGAAUACGUGUGCUUCUUUGAACCGUGGAAGAAUACUUUGAGUUUUGCUUCUGUAUAAUGUAUCGUGAAGUCUAACUUUUUAAUGAUUGAGGUUUUCAUCAGGGAAGCUACUAUUUUUCUGUCCAUAAUA